AUGGCCAGUGUGGAUGAGCCACGGGAGUCCAGCAGGGAGCCUGGCCAGGACUCUGAGGACAUGGUUUCUUCCCAAAGCGUGGUGCAUGACUGGCACCAGAGGAUUUUUGUUAACCGCAGCCUGGCACUGGGGAAGAUUCGUUGCUUUGGCUUCGACAUGGACUAUACUCUGGCUGCCUACAAGUCCCCAGCCUAUGAGGCGCUGGCCUUUGAGAUGCUGUUGGAGUGCCUGGUGUGUGUUGGGUACCCGCACGAGAUCCUGAGUUACACCUAUGACCCCACCUUCCCUACCAGGGGGCUGCUGUUUGAUGUGCUCUAUGGAAACCUGUUGAAGGUGGAUGCUCAUGGAAAUGUGCUGCUAGAUGCCCAUGGUUUCACCUUCCUCUCAGAGCCAGAGAUCUGGAGCUUCUACCCCAGCAAGUUCAUUCAGAGGGAUGACCUGCAGCGGUUCCACAUCCUCAACACGCUCUUCAAUCUGCCUGAAGCCUACCUCUAUGCCUGUCUGGUGGACUACUUCUCUAACUGCUCCAGAUACACCAACUGUGACACUGGCUAUCAGCAUGGGAACCUCUUCAUGUCCUUCCAAAGCCUCUUCCAGGAUGUGACUGAAGCCAUGAAUAAUGUCCACCAGUCGGGCUGUCUCAAGGAGAAGACCCUGGAGAACUUGGAGAAAUAUGUGGAGAAGGAUGUACGAAUCCCUAUCCUGCUGAGCAAGAUGAAGGAGGUUGGGAAAGUGUUUUUGGCUACCAACAGCAGCUACAACUACACUGAUGCCAUCAUGACUUACCUGUUUGACAUUGGUGAGGCUGAGGCCUCAGCCAGGCCCUGGAGGUCCUACUUUGACCUGAUUGUGGUAGACACGCAGAAGCCCCGCUUCUUUGCAGAGGGGACAGUCCUGAGACAGGUCAACACGGACUCUGGGAAGCUCUGUGUGGGUACCUACACUGGGUCCCACCAGCACUGUGCUGUCUACUCUGGAGGCUCAUCAGAUGUGGUGUGUGAGCUGCUUGGGGUGUGGGGUAAGGACAUCCUGUACAUUGGGGACCACAUCUUUGGGGACAUUGUCAAAUCCAAGAAGCGGCAGGGCUGGCGGACUUGCCUGGUGGUUCCUGAGCUGUCCUGGGAGCUGGGCAUCUGGGCUCGUGAGAAGGAGUGGUCAGAGCAGCUGAAGAGGCUGGACACACAUCUCGCAGAUCUGUACCAGCACAUGGAUGGGAGCACUUGUGGGCUACAAGCCAUCAACUCUACCAAGAAGGAAAUUCAGAUGCCACAUGAGUUGGUUGUGGAGCAAGAACGGGCUAGACUGGACUCUGCCUCCUGCUUCCUAACUUCCAGUCAGAGGGUCACUAUGAAAGAUGAAAUAAGAUAG